AUGUCUGCUGAGGAGCACGAUGUUACCUUCGAGUCCGCCGAUGCCGGCGCGUCUCUCACCUUCCCUAUGCAGUGCUCUGCUCUGCGUAAGAACGGUUUCGUCGUGAUCAAGGGCCGCCCUUGCAAGAUUAUCGACAUGUCCACCUCCAAGACCGGCAAGCACGGUCACGCCAAGGUCCACCUUGUCGCUACCGAUAUCUUCACUGGCAAGAAGUACGAAGAUCUCUCCCCCUCUACCCACAACAUGGACGUCCCCAACGUCUCUCGUCGUGAGUACCAGCUCCUUGAUAUCUCCGACGACGGUUUCCUCUCCCUCAUGAACGACGACGGCGACACCAAGGAUGAUGUUCGUAUGCCCGACGGUGAGAUCGGUGACAAGAUCAAGAAGCUUUUCACUGAGGAUGAGAAGGACACCAACGUCAUCAUUCUUACCUCCAUGGGCGAGCAGGCUGCUGUUGAGGCCAAGGAGGCUCCCAAGGGUGCUUAA